CUUGCUUCCAUAGAUUUCGCUAGCCAUUUUAGUCAAUUGAAAAAUCCAUAAAUCUGAGAGUUUGAGUUGUCUACUCGAAUUCCAAAUGACUCGACCAAUAAAGCAAGUACUGUAGCUACAUACAGUAACUGCUCUUCCAGGUUUCUUGCGUCUUUGUUAACCAGCUAGCUAGAUAACGUUAACUGAGUCUGCCAUCCAGAGCUACCCUUGUUUAGCUGUCUAGCUAUCUUGAUUUGCCUGGCUGCACUCUUCACAGUCUUCAGUGUUUGUUUUCAGUGACAUCCUCCUCUUCACCACCCCACCUGAUUGACAGCAAAGAAGUGCUCCUCUCCUUGGGACUCGGUGUAAACCUCCACCCUAUCUACCCCUGUUGCCCCCAGAGCAGGGGGUAAAGACACCAACAUAGCCACAAUGCUGGAGUCUGUAAGGAACACGUUUCAUGCCCAGCUGGCCACCGUCAUGGACUCCCUGCUGGCGGCAGCGGUGUGUGAGAUUGCCAAAAUCUUUGAGAGCAGUCUGUGUGAGCAGCAGGAGGAGCUUACACAGAGAGGAGAGGAGAUCACAGGCCUGAGGGGGAGGCUGGAGCGGGCAGAGAGGAGGCUGAAGAAGGAAGGAGAGGAAGAAGAAGGAGAGGGCCUAAUGGAUGUGGUAGAAGGACCAGUGAGAAAAACAGGAGGAGAUGGCAGCCCUAGGCAGCAGUCUGAACCAAGGGCUGGUUCAAGCUGGGAUUCGGAUGCGGCCUCUGAGACCCCCCCACUGGUCCAGGACAGCGGGUGUAAGAAGUCCCACAGGAUGAAAAAGGAGAGAACUGAGCUGGAGGGGUCCUCCAUCAAAGAAGAGCUUAAACAUUGCCCUCUUCCACAGUUCGAGGAGCCCCACCCUGCCCCUGUGGAGGGGGAGGGCCAAGGGCCAGGGAGGAGCUCUUCUGCUGGGGGUCAGAGGCUGGGAGAACCCUUGUCUGACACAACAGGGACCAAGGCAAAGUUAUCCCAUUGGGAGGGAGACCCCAGACCUCUUCAGAGCCAGAGCUCCACCUCCUUCUUCCAUGGCCCCCGGGUUGGACAUUUCUCUCCCAGACCUGACCACAGGUCUCCUGGGCUUGACCCCUGGGCCAGUGGGGUUCCUCUAGAGAUUCAGGAUCCAAGCUUCCUGGACCAGAGCCCAGACCAGGUACUAGAGCAGAGAGAGCCCCGACAGUCACAGGACCAAACCAACCAAUCCCAGAGAGGCCUGAGACCAAGAGACGACAGAGGGAGGGGCCUAGUUCAUCAGAACCGCUGGUCAUUGGCUGCCAAGGAUCCAGUCAGACCACACCCCAAUGCACACGCUCAGAAACACGCACAAGGUCACGCACACACACUGGGCGGGGCGAGACCCUACACUUGCCCGUACUGCGGCAAGAGCUUCAGCUACCCGUCCCACCAGCGCAGACACCUGCUGCGCCACACAGGGGUGAGGAUGUACCCCUGCUUGGUAUGCGACAAGAGCUUCCUGACUCCGUCAGAGCUCACGGUGCACACCCGUGUCCACACAGGGGAAAGGCCGUUUGGCUGCACCCAGUGUGGAAAGCGUUUUGCCCGCAGCGGGAACCUCCGGGCCCACCAGAGAGACGUCCACCUGGGGAAGAGACCCUUCGUCUGCCAGGAGUGUGGCAAGAGGUUCGCCCACAGGGGCAACCUGAGGGUGCACUACCAGAGGGUACACCAGGGCCUGCCAUACCAUGAGGAUGAGUAUGACCAGGAUGGCAACGCUCUCCCCUCUACUGGGUAAAUGGUCAACAGGGUCACAUUCAGUAGGAGCUAAUGGGAGAAAACAUUUUAAAAUGGAAAAUGAGUGUUCUUACAGUGCAUUUGGAAAGUAUUCAGACCCCUUGACUUUUUCCACAUUUUAUUACGUUAUAGCCUUAUUCUAAAAUUGAUUCAAUUGUUAUUUUUCUCAAUCUACACUUAAUACCCCAUAAUGAAUAAGCAAAAACAGGUUUUUAGAAUAUUUUGCAAAUGUAUAAAAAAUAAA